UCUUCCUUUUCUUGUGUGCGUUCCACCAAGGGUGCAUCUUCAGACACACCCAGAACCUCCGCAGGAGACUCGAUACUCAUUGUGUGUGUACAUGUGUUUGUGGUGUGUUUAUUUUUCUUUUUUCAGGACAAUCACCUGAAAAAGCUGAAUCGUGGACCUUUGUGACCUCUGGCUCUAAAGAUGAAGAAGUCAGAGAAGUCCGUCUUCUCUCUGGAGGCUGACGACAGGACAGAGUCGGAGAAACGUCGGCCCGCGGCACCACAGCAAGAUGUUCUGGUGUCUGUUUUAAGUGUGGGCCUCGAGGCGCCCAAAGCCCCCAUGGACACGGACUACCAGGAGGAAAUGGAGAAGACCCGACCUCAAAUACGCUUCAACCUCAACUUUGACAAAGGGAUCCGAGGCGAGGAGCAGAACAACGCCAAGCGAGACAGUCAGUCGUUUAACAUCGACAGGCUGUUUGACGCCGUGGCCAGCGGGGAUGUCAGCAGCUUGGACGGCCUUCACCAGUACCUGCACCAAAACAUGAAGAAACUCACCGACACCUUGUAUCAGUCGUAUGGUAAAACCGCCCUGAUGAAGGCCCUGCUGCACCUCAGAGACGGCAAGAACCCCACAGUUGAAUUAUUAUUGGAGGUCUCGGAGAGGAUGGGUGACAUUAAAGAGUUUGUGAAUGCAGCUUACACCAACAGUUACUACAAAGGGCAGACAGCAUUGCACAUCGCCAUCGAGAGGAGGAGCCUGAGCUACGUCGAGCUUCUGGUCAGUAAAGGAGCAGACGUUCACGCAAAGGCCUGUGGGAAGUUCUUCCAGCCUCAUGAUGGCCCAAACUUCUACUUUGGUGAGCUUCCUCUGUCUCUGGCAGCGUGCACAAACCAGCCUGACGUGGUGUCCUUCCUCCUGGACAAUGACUACCAGCGAGCCAAUGCAAAUAUGGCCGACUCUCAGGGCAACACGGUGCUGCACGCCUUGGUGGUGGUGGCCGACAACACCAAGGAGAACACAGACUUCAUCACCAGCAUGUACGACCGCAUCCUGACCGUCACGGCCCGACUGAGGCCCAAAAUCAACCUGGAGAAGACGGAAAACCACAGCAGGCUGACGCCUCUUAAACUGGCUGCCAAAACUGGAAAAAGUGGGAUUUUCGCUCACAUCCUGAAGCGCGAGUUCCAGGAGAGCCACACCAAACAUUUGUCUCGUAAAUUCACCGAGUGGGUUUACGGGCCGGUCCACUGCUCCUUGUACGACAUGGCCUCUGUGGACUCCGUGGACGAUAAGUCAGCCCUGGAGAUACUGGUCUAUGGCAGCGACAUCCCUAACCGCCACGAAAUGCUCCAGACAGAACCUCUCAAGCAACUCCUGGAGGACAAAUGGAAGAGGUUUGCAGGUCGAAUGUUUGCUCUCAACUUCCUGGUCUACUUGGUGUACCUGAUUAUCUUCACGAUGGUGGCCUACAACAAGAAGGAUGGGAAGACGCCAUUCCCUCUGGAGCACAACACUGCAGGUUACCUGUAUGUUUCAGGACAGAUACUGUUAACUCUGGCAAACUGCUAUUUCUUCCUCAUAGGUUUGCUAGAUAUGACGAGGAAACGACCAAAGCUGCAGACCUUGCUGAUUGAUGGAUAUUAUGAUAUUCUUUUCUUUGUGCAGGCCGUCCUCUUCCUGGUUGCGGCUGCCUUGUACGUCUUGGGUAGACAAGAGUACCUGGGCUUCCUGGUGCUCUGCCUCGCUCUCAGCUGGGUCAACCUGCUCUACUUCGCCAGGGGCAGCAAACACAUGGGCAUCUACAGCGUCAUGAUACAGAAGAUGAUCCUCAGCGAUAUCCUGCGCUUCCUGUUUGUCUAUGUGGUCUUCCUCUUUGGAUUUUCAGCAGCGGUGGUCACCUUGCUCAUUGAGCCGCCAGUGAGGAACACCACAAACAGGCAGCAGCGCUUGUUCGCACCCAUCUACCCCGAGGCCGACUGCAUCAAACCCACCUUCCGAAACAUCUCAUACACCACGCUGCAGCUCUUCAAGUUCACCAUCGGCAUGGGCGACAUGGAGUUCACCGAGCACUACCAGUACAAGGAGAUUUUCUACGUGUUGCUCAUCUCCUACAUCAUACUCACCUACAUCCUGCUACUUAACAUGCUCAUCGCCCUCAUGAACCGCACCGUGGAGAAGAUCUCCCUGGAGAGCGCCAGCAUCUGGAAGCUGCAGAGGGCUAUCACCAUUCUGGACAUGGAGAAAAGGCUGCCGUUCUGUCUGAGGAAGAGGAUUCGCUGCGGGGUGGACAAAAACCUGGGCACGGCCUCUGAACCAGACCGCCGCCGCUGUUUCAGGGUGGAGGAGGUCAACUGGAACAAAUGGAACAUCAACCUGAGAAAAAUCCACGAGGAGCCCGGCUUCUGCGACCAAGGCCGACGGUCGACGUCAGACAGCCCGGCCAUCAGAACAAACAGAGGGAGGAGCUGGAGAGGCUUGUUUUCAGAGAGCAGGAGAGGCGCGUACGAGUCCACGGAGAUGAGGGACAUCCACCUAUGUGAACGCACAGGAAGUGGCCAACGUUAGUCCACGAGUCCUGUUAAAGGAUAUCAUUUGUUUCCAUUUUUAAGUCUUACUUAAUGAGGUUCAUUUGGGUCAAUGGAAUGACUUCAACUAUUUUGAUUAGCUCCAGAACAUAUAUUGAGUUCAGUGUGAUGGUGAUUGUCAUUCUAUGCUGCAUUGGGGUGGCGGGGGUAUGCUGGAGCCUAUCCCAGCUGACUUUGGGCGGGGGGCGGGGUAAACCCCGGACUGGUCGGCAGCCAAUCGCAGAGCACGUAUGCACAAACACUCACAUUCACACCGAUGGACAAUUUAGAGAUGCAUGUUCUUCUACUUCCUGUCUCUAUUUUGGAAAAGGCUGGCAGGCAGGCCUGGACAAACUCGCAUUCGGUGUACAGUCUUCCCUCGUUCAUCGCGGGGGAUAGGUUCCCAAAAUAGCCCGCAAUAAGUGAAAUCCGCCAAUAUUGUACAGUAUAUGUUCUAAGGCUGUAAAGCCCCUCACCAUACACUUUAUGCACGUUUCUCAGACAGGCAAUAACAUUUUCUUACAUUUCUCUCUUGUUUAAAUGCUCUCGAAAAAGUUCAAACCUUUGUUUGAACUUUAAUGAUCGACCUAUUAAGUCACACACUUGUAUUUCACUCCUGUGACCGUGCCUUUUCGUCCUGGUGCCGUUCCACUGUAGCGUAGCGUUUCUGGACCCUGGUUAAGACAUAUUGCUGCACUUCUCCUGCUGCAGUCCUCCUUCCAACCGAAAAUCCAUUUAUAAGCUAGCAAGCAAGCUAGCUAGCAUGACACAGGAGACACGGGCAGAUUGACAAUUGUCUCAAGCCAAUCAGGACGCAGCAAACAACGGGCGGUGCAGACAGACGAGAGAGGGAAGCAAGAGAGAGAGACACUCAACUCCCACAAUGCAGUUCUUCUUAAAGGGCCAGGCUCAGCCUGUAACGACGUUCAUAUGCUGUAAUUAAAAAAAAAAAAGCACACAAAAACUUCAGCAAAUCCAUGAUAGAGCGAAUAUAGAAUAAAGUCCCUCGUCUAUCGUGAGUAAUUCGUUCCAGACCUGACCGCGAAAAGUGAAUUUCCACAGCGGGUAAUUCCUUCUUUCUGAAUGGAACAUUUUCGUAGUAAUGGCAUAGAAAACCCUUUUACAAUCUAACGUGAUUUGCAUGAUUAGAGCCCUCUAGACAUGAAAUAACACCCAUAUAGUCACCUUUACACUCCUAUUACCCACCAUAGUAGAUGUAAUAUGAGAAAAUAAGACAUUUAAGACUGUUUACCUUGUAGGGGAGCAGAAUCGAUGGCGGACAGGAAGUGACGUUGGGAGUUCCAAGUUGAGUUUUAGCUUGUAGUGGGCUAUGGCCACAACAGCCACCCGUGUGAUUAUUAUCAGUGGCGGUUCUGGCUUGAAUGGCGCCCAGGGCAGCCCGACGCUGUGAAUCCUCCCUCCACCCCCACCCCGGUCACGUGGUGGACGUUCGAUGACGUCUGAGCAGCAUGGGGGUGCGAGUAUCCCGCCUGUAGAGGGCGCCCAUCUGUCUCACAUAUCCUGACUUGAUGCUGAGCAGUAAUAAAUAGGAUUUGUUCUUUCUUUCCCCCUGGCGGCGCCCCCUUGCUCAUGCCGCCCUGGGCAAUUGGCCAUGUGGCCCAUAGCUAGAACCACCACUGAUUAUUAUGGUAAUGGUGAGAUCAUUUAAACCUGCAAAAAAGACGGUUGUUCAGGUUUUGUGCUUCGGUGGUGGUCUCACCCAGCAAUUACUGACACAUAUGCAGUAGUGACAAAUGGAGAAUACUACAUUCACAAGAUGGUGGUCUUCAUGGCUUACACUCCAUUUGUAUUUUAAAUAUGUACAAUUUGCUUCAAUAUGCAUAUUGUCUGACUAAUAAUAGGAUGUAGUCAACCACAUAACAGCAAUCAUUUGUUGUUUGAAAAACCGUGAUGUGGCGAGAGAUGAUUGUAUAUACAACUCUAUAACCCGCAAGGCAUGCUGGGUAACUUCAAACUGGGGAAUUGUGCGUGUGGGCUUCCCAGCAUGCCUUGUGGGUUAUACAUGGGUAUAAAAUAGUAUUGUUUUGCAUGGAUAUUAGUAUUACGAUACCUGCAGUUUUAUUUUUAUGUUGCAUGUCUUCUCUUUGGUCAUCUCCUCAAGCAAGUUGAAGCUUGCCUCCGACUACAUUCUGUGCAACUUAAGUUGUACCGAUAUACGGCAGAUGAGAUGGGUCUUCCACCGAUUACUUCCCCACAAAUGAAAUGUUUUGAUCCAAAUAUGAUCGAGCACGUGAGGGAUCCACUGUAUAUACUAGGGAUGUUUCGGAUAUCUAUCCAAUAUCUGUUUCCGCCACAAGAUUGUGAUCCGGUUGCCGUAUAACAUUUGGAACUCUGGGCCAUACUCAAAGAUGAUAGGUGCAGUAAUGACUCCCGCAAGAAGAAGAAUCCGCACCACCACCAUGCAGACAUGUCAUGUCCGCCGUGGUGACAUUAGUUUCACGUUGGGUAUUGGACUCCGUAGCUACAGCGGUAGUUCCCCCCCACUGUGCCCAGACUGCUGUGUCAUGGUGCGGGGUGCUCGCACGGGAAGUGCCGCUCAACCGCUGGUUGUUUAUACUAGGGGCCGUCAAUAAAUUACGAUUGUGGUGAAGAUAGGUUGGUUUGUUAAAAAAAAGUCACAUAUUCUAAAAUCACACCACAAAUUGAUGUAUAAUCAUGUCAAAUGAUUAGUCCUACCCUUAAAGUAUUUUGCACGCCCAUUUAUUCCAAUUUUAUCUUUUAUUGGAUCUUUUAUUGGAUUGGGGACCUGACUCACAGAGGUUUGUUACAAAAGCCAAACAAUAUUGUUGGUCAUGCUGUGUAAUAAAAACAUAAAUUCAGCAAUACUUUAGUUGCCUUAUUUGUAAUGCUUUGAUGAGCUAUUUUCAUAACCAUAUUCAAUUCCACAAAUACGUGUUUGUAACAAAAGCGUAUUAAAAAAAAAUCGGAACGGAAGCCAAAACGUGUAUCGGGACAUCCCCAGUAUGCACUGUAAAUAUGCCAUUGUUCCUUUUGAACAUUGAUCAGGAUGAAGGGUUGAAUCUUGCAUGCAUAAAUGAAUGCAACACAUAAAGCAAACAGUGGCUCAGACCCACAUGAAAGCAUAAAUUAGAAUUUUAUUUUAUUAUUACAAUAUUACAAAAAGAGUAGCACAACUCUCACGCUCUUGCUCCUUAUUCAUCUUCAAAAGAUGACAAAAAGAUAGGCUAUGGACCUUCUUCCUUUUCACAGCAAGGAGGGGAAAAAAUAAACUUAAAUAACAAGUAAAUCAAGUAUUAUAAAUAGUCACAACGGCAAACUGAAGCUUUGAAA